AUUUUUCCCUCGUCUCUGAUUUUUUUCUGGUCCUUCCUGAUUUGUCCUCCUCUGAACUCUUGUCCAUUUCUGGAGCGGGUCUCGGCUCUUCGCACUGUCGAGGUUGAGAGCGAGAGCUCGCCACCUCACCGUAAUUUCUCGUUUUCCUCGCGGUUCUCGUUUUCCUCGCGGUUCUUGUCUUUCUCGCGGUUCUCGUUUUCCUCGCGGUUCUUGUCUUUCUCGCGGUUCUCGUUUUUCGCGUUGUUCGGCUCUCUCUGCUUUUUCCUCUCGGUAUGUUCUGUCCGUUAGCGUUUUCCUCGUCUCUCGAGUUGCUUCACUGUAGACUUCAACGCCUCUCUCGCUUCUCGGGUCUCCGUCCUCUUUCUUAUGCUUUGUCACAGAGAGCGUGAAGCCGACCGAGAAGAGAGCGGUGGCCGUUCUCUCGCUUCCUCUGUUCGCGCAGGCAUCCCGGGAGACAGACGUCUUUGUGCUCUCUGCGUAAACAGGACAAAAGCUUCUCUCGCGGAUACCUUCUCUUUCCUUCGCUCUCUUGUCUUGGGCUCUUCUUCUCUGCUUCACUUUUCUUCUCUGUCGAGGAAGGAGGGCGCGAGCGACCUGCUUCACGGAGACGGAGAACUGCCGUAGUCUUUCUCCUGUUUUUCCCUCUCGGACGUUUUCCUCUGACUGUGCAGACGAGAAAGAAGCGAGAGAAGCGUUCGUCUUCAACGCAGACGACUUUUUACUAUGUCUCUUCUCAGCUCUCUCUCGAAAGAAGGCUGCGCGCCGUGAGUGUUCGCAUUCCGCUUUACUUGUUCUGGGCAGGGAGGUUCUCUUCUCUUUUCCUCUGCCUUUUCCGCUUCUCUGUCGAGAGCCGGGGCAUUUGAGGAGACAGUUCUUUUCUUCUGUCAGCGCGUCGCUCGCUAGGGCCUGCUCCGCCUUUCUGUCCACCGUCUUCCUUGGCAAACCUUUGGCCUCUUGUAGUUGUCUGGGUCGAGUUUUCCUUUCUUCUGCGCGUUGAUCGCUUUCUCGAUCCUCGUCUUCUUCGCCGCCUCUCUUUGUUCUCUUUUUUCGCGCCUCCAAGAACGAUGGUCAAGUGUCGGGGCUUCAAGCCCCAGGGCAUGGUCCUCAAUCCCAUCAGGAGGGUCGUCUCUUCCGGCCCGUCUCUGAUGGAGAAGCUGCAGAGAGACUCGAGGCCCACCUGGGAGGAACUUCGAAAGAUGCUGAAGAAAAAGGAAGAGAGCGCCAACGAGUUUCUUGAGCGCUACGAAAACGAGCAGUUCUCUGGGCAGCUGGAGAGCUUCCGAAAUUCCAAGAUCGAAGAGCAAGAGAAGCAGCAUUUGGAGCUUUUGCGGCAAGAGGCGAAACAGAGAAGGAAACGCGCUCGCGACGAAAAGAGUUCCGACUCGAGCGACGUCGAGUCAGGCAGCUCAGACCGCAGCGAUUCCGACAGCGACAGAGAGAGUGGAAAGAAGAAGAGCGAGAAGAAAAAGAAGAAGAAAGACAAGAAGAAGAAGAAACACAAGAAGGAGAAGAAACGAAAGAGCGAGAAGUCCGAUUCACGGCGCAAAGAUUCAAGGAGAAGCGACACUGCAUGCACUGCUUCGAACAAUCCGUAUCGGCUGUCGAACUUCUUCAACGAGGCCCGCGCUGGCGAAAGUGCGUAGAGCGUGACCGGAAUUCCCGAAGAUUUGGAAGUUUCUGUGCAUGCACAUCGCGUUGCUGUUCCAUCCCACGAUCUCAGUGCAAGAGAAAGCAACAGGCGAACGGUGCAUGGGUCCCUUUUUUUUUCCGCCCGGGACUGUCGAACAUGCGACAGUGACUGAACUGUGCCUGUUCGUAGGAUGUGUGUUUGCGAAGAAGCGGGUGUCUAUACACCCCGACUGCGCGGCAGCCGAAAGCGUUGCCUGCUGGCUUCUGUCGAGUGUGGAGUUCUCAGGUUUCCGUUUAAAGAUUCAAAUGCGUUUUUAGGCGUUCUCGAUAGGGAAGAGGGACGUGCAAGCGUCGUGGCAAGCGGUUGCGUUGUGGACUGAGGUCGUCUCACGAGAGGCGCCUCAUUUUUGAGAUCGUUGGCAGUUUUAGAGAGCGCAAAGCCAGGUUGUAGAGGCAGUUUGGAGAUACUGGAACGUGCGUCGUCAGACGAGACGCAUGUGUGAGAGACUUGACUGUAUUUUUCAACCAUUUUUUCUACUUGCGACGGUUUGGCAAACGAUAGCCGUCCUCAGUGGAGAAGGGCGGAACAUUUGGCGGGACACAGACCGGGAACCUACGGAGGCCGCGAAUCGGAAUUUCGCGUUUGCAAGAGCAAGAGGAGCCGCAGAAACAGUGGAACCAUCUGUCGAGAACCACUCUUGCAUUUGGUAGAGCAUGCUUGCGCAGCUCCUUUCGAAGAAACAUACACUUGCACACGUUCGUGUGCACGGUGUCACUGGAGGUCCCGCGGUUAAACCUCACCGGCGUACAGAAAUCGAUGGACUGCAGUCAAGCGCAAGGAGCCUCGGCGCCAUUAGUUGCACGCUUCGUUUUCAAGAAUGUUUGGAGGCAUACAAGAAGAGGUCACCACAGGUGUCACAGUGUAUAUCGAAAGCGGCGAAACAAAGUCUGUCACAUUUGAGUGACGCAGAAAGCGAAUCCUACCGGCAGCUAUUGUUGUCGCAAAGGUUUCGUAGCCAAGUCUUUGACUACGCCGUAGAACAAGCUAUUUCACCGCGAAAGUACUCGCGCAACGGGAGACUCGUUAAUCGUGGCUAGCACAUAAUAGUGCAGAGUGAAAUGCGUCGAGAAAUGAAGACCGAGAGGCUCUGUUGUCGUAGCCACGCACGCUUUGAACCGUAUGGAUGCAGACGGGAAAAGGAAAAUGCCCUACACAACUUCCACGCGUAUGCCUAGCGUAGUCGUCGAGAAUCGACGCGCACCCCACAUAGGCCACUAAACGCGACAGAACGUCUG